AUGGCAAGUCAAUAUACCCCUGAGACCUUCAAGGUCCUGCUGAAAAAGCUCGUACAAUCGCCCGACCAGUUCACUCCUGAAGAUUGUGCACAAUGUUUCCGACAUUUAUGUGUUCAAGGAGCUAGUGACGCUCAAGCGGGUGCAUUUCUUACCGCUUUAGCACUUUCUGGUCUUGAAUCUUCGCCCGAUAUAGUAGCCGCGUGCGCAUCAGUGCUACGUGAACAUGCUAUCGCAGUCAAAGAUCUCAUACCGGAGGUCAAAGAACAGCACGGUCAUGGAAUGUGGGACUACAGAGAUUCAGAUAAAGAAGGUGAUGGAUAUAAAGGAUUAGUGGAUAUAGUAGGAACAGGUGGUGAUGGCUGGGAUACUUAUAACGUAUCUACAACUGCUGCUGUUGUAGUCGCAGGUGCAGGUGUAAGGGUAGCAAAGCACGGUUCGAAAGCAGCUACUUCAACAUCGGGUUCUGCGGAUUUACUUUUAUCUUUAGAUUGUCGAUUAGCGUUCCCGGUAUCGGAAGUACAGAAAUUCUUGGAACACUCACCUUUCCUUUUCCUCUUUGCUCCUCACUAUCACCCUUCUUUAGCACAUAUCGCUCCUAUCAGACGAAAUCUCAACUUCCGAACGAUAUUCAACGUACUUGGACCUUUAAUCAACCCUUCAAAACCGCAAAGAAUGCUACUCGGCGUAGCAAAGAAGGAAUUAGGUGAUACCUUUGCAGAAGUUCUGAGAUUGCUAGGAGUUGAAAGAGCAUUGGUGGUAUGUGGUAAAGAAGGAUUAGAUGAGAUCAGUCCAGCUGGAGAAACCUGGACAUGGUUAUUGGAGAAUGGAGAAAUCACCAAAGGAGAAAUCCAUCCUACGAAAGAUUUCGGAUUACCACUUCAUUCACUUUCAUCUGUUCGAGGAUCCACACCUGAUUUGAACGCUCUUACAUUCAAUUCGAUCAUGUCAAAUUCAUCUGCACCACCACAUCUUUCUUCACCUGCAAGUUCAGAUUCACCUUCACUCCAAUCAAUAACGGAUUACGUCCUUCUCAAUGCCGCUGCAUUACUUCACGUUUCAGGUAAAGCUGCAUCUUGGAAAGAAGGUGUAGAUAUAGCUAGAGAAUCGAUAGAAUCCGGUGGAGCAAGAGCUGCUUUUGAGGGUUUCAGAGAUGCCAGUAAAAAGGCAAUGGGUGAACAUGUCGGUGAAAUGGCGGUAGAAGAUGAUGGUGGUGUAGCCGCUAAAAACGGAUUCGUUAAAUCUUGGUUCAGAGAAAGGGGUAGAGACAGGUCGUCUUCCACAAAAAAGGACGACAAGUGA